UGUCAAACGAGCCGAUGAAAAGGACGUGAAAUACGCCAGUCCGGUUCUUACGUGAGGUGCUCGUAAUGUUUUGAAGAGGGUUUUGUGGGCACUUUUACCAGAAAGAACUGCAGAAAACUUCACAGGAACAUGAUCCGGAGUUUAGCUGCUUUGGCUUUACGCCAAGCGGUACAAACAAGGCCCUUCGUCGGUCGGAUUGCGCCGGUUGCUUCCGCGUUUGCAACCCCCGCUGGACGUAACUUUUCCACAUUUUUACGAUCCAAUGCAAUUAUUUCGCCUGUUCGCACCACGAUCGCAGCACCAUCGAACAAAACAUGUCUCAUGGAACCAUCCACAUCGAGCAGGCUGCUGGACGCAGUAGCCGUAUCUCCGGUGCUACAAACGCAACCGAACCGGACAGUGAUUAAGUUUUCGCUCCGCAAAGGCAAGAGGAAGACGGUAAAAGCGGUGGUGAAGCGAUUUAAGCGUCUGGAUUGGGGUGGUUGGAUACGAACCAUCUCUGGCCGGCAUAAGAAAAUGUGGCGCAAGAAAGGAAACCGUAAGCGGCGUCUACGGCAGCACGUUCUCGUGAACGGGGCGCAAGCUACGCUGCUGGAUAAGAUGGUUACGAAGUACUGGAAGCGUCCGCGGUACUACAUUAACGAUCCGUACGCACCGUACCACACCAGGGAGGAGUUUGUGUACACCAGAAGAAAGGCACUGAAGUGAGCGCAGGUAGAGUGUGCUGGGUGGAAUUGUAGUUGCAAAAAAAAAAAAAAAUGAAACUAUUACAACA